CGUACGGAAAAGCGGCUCAAAAUGGCUGCCCCCAUAAAUCGAAUUCGGCUGAAUCAGGGUCGCACGGUAGAUUGACACUUCAUGAGUCAGCAAGAAUAUUAAAACAGGUUAGAUCGGUUGAGUAGUCAGCUCAUAGCACCAUGAAACGAAGAACGGCGAAAAUAAAGGCUCGAGAGAUAAAAGCACGGAUGCAGAAGGCUCGUGCAGCCAGGAUGGAUCCUCUAGAAGAUUUGCCUCAUGCGAUCAGUAACAAGAUCAGGAUCACGGAUGAAGAGCUGGUGCAUAUGUCAGUCAGGGAGUUGAACCGCCAGCUGAAGGCUUCCGGACUAACUAAGGUGGAAAUGGUGAAGAUGAAGCAACGGAGAAGGACACUCAAGAACAGGGGUUACGCUGCCAGCUGUCGCAACAAGCGUAUGGAGCAGAAGGACGACCUCGAAGGAGAACGAUCCAUCGUGGUACAAGAAAUCACGAGGCUCAAACACGAGAACCGAGCUCUGGAGAACCAGAUCGAUGACCUCCACUUCAAGUUCAACACUCUCUUGGAACGUGCAAGGCAGAGGGGAAUAGCUGUGCCGAAGGAACUGCUUCAGGGAUUCUGAUCGUGAACUUGGAGCUCACUCCAUUCUUGCUUCCUCGUACUCAGUGGAAGGGGGAAGGCAGGUGGCGCCACAUGGUUGCACGGAUUGUGCGUAGUUUUUAACAAGAGCUACAAGGGCACGGUUCCGCACCCAUCUGAUACGCGAACGUGUUCGGUCUACUCUGCGGAGUUAAAUGUAGAGAGGGAGUGGAAAACGAAGCUACGUACAAGGCCUUUGUUCAUUACAUUGGGUGCGUCUGCAACAGGCGCUUCCCACGAGGCAGUUCACUUCUGAUUAUUAUUUAUGUUACGAUAUCUUAUUAGUUAUAUGCAUAAAACUCACGUAUUCAGGGAAGUGUCGAUCUUCCAUCGGGUGUUUACAUGUUUGCAUCACGUAUUACAAAAAUAUGUAAAGACAUUAAUGUGUAGUGCCUUGGGUGAAUUGGGGCAUUCAGUUAACAUAACCUGGUGCUUGGUCCUUGUAAAUAUGCAUUUUUAUCUCCAGGCAGGCAGGCAGGCAUUUUAGCGUGUGCAUAAAUAUCCAUUACUUGCAUACUUUUUAUAGGUGUUCGGUGCAUGCAAAGUAUGAUAGCUGUGUUUUGACAAAAGCAGCACAGAUCUUCAUGAAUGCACGUUACAAUCUUCAAAUAUGUGUAUGUUUUAUGAGGAUAAAAUUUUCUAUUUAUUCUA